GAGGGGAGGGGGAGCGGUUGGGGGGGGUCCCGGGCGAAGUUGGAGUGAAGCUGUUGGACUUCCGUCACUCCGGCGCUGCGGGAAGAGCAGCCCUUUCGCCCUUGCGUGCCGAAGCACGGUCACUUCGCUCGGCUCCGCAGCUUCGGCUUUUUGGUCGCCUUCGGCGGGCGAGGGCUGAUCUCCCUCCGCGCCUCCGCUUCUUUUAUAUACACUCUAGGGGUAGGACAGACAAGACCACGUGGGAGUGGGGUGCUCUGAUUCGGAUUUGGGUUAUUUUCUACUUUUGAGCAUGUUUUAACCUAACCUAUCCGAGUCGGUGCUGCCCAGAGGUCUUACUCGCUCACUGGUACUGACUUUCAAUAUAUUGAGUCCGUGGUAGGUAGUGAAAAAGAAACAAAAAUUAUGUGAAAAUAAUCAGAUUUAUUGCACAAUUAAUUAUACUAAUUAAAACUAAACUAAUGCUAAAACUAAAAUAAAACUACAAUUUGUCUUUAAAAACAUACUUUAUUGCCUUAAUCAUUUAACAUAUAUCCUACGCCUCCAUACUGACUCUAUCAUCCAGUCCUCAAAAUAAUUUUUAUUUUGCUUACAUCUAAAUCGCUUCUUUAAAUUUCGCCAUUGGCUUUCAAUUCUUUGUGUAUGUGUCCCGUCUGGUGCCACAAAUUUAUUCGUAGGGUCACUAUGGUUUACCUUCUUGUGGACGUAGCCAUAUUCUGGCAAACAGUCAUACGCCCUCCAAAAGUCUGUGUGUAUGACUGACCCUACCUCAACGUGCUUUUGGAUUAGUGGCACCAGUGCCUUCGCAGUUCUUGAGUUGUCGGGACACACCUCCAGCCUUAAGUCGUCGCUGCCAUCUUCGAUUAUUCCAAUGACCCAAUGUCCUUAUGUGACCCAAUGUGCUAUCUGGCGACCCCUAUUAUAUUUGCGUUUUCCAAAUUUUGAUUCAUCGAUCUGCACAACUUUGUCAAGGCCGCCAAUCUUUCCUGCUGCAUUUUGGUAGUGGUCAAUUUCAUACUGUGUUACCACCUCGCGACAGUAAUUAAACCAGUCAUUGAUUGUACUGCCCGAAAGGACUGUGUCAUGGUCCCUCGAAGACACCUCAUUUUUAGUAGAGUUGUAACUCAUGUCCUGCGAGAACGCGUACAUCACCUGGAAAAUGAAGACCAGGGCCAAGCGCGCGUUCUCAAACCAAGUCCCCUUGGCUUGAGAGACUGGUUUGGUGCGGCACCCUGCCUUUCUGCACCGAAAUCUGCCCAGUUGCCCAUUCUCUUUUGUCGGGAGAAGCGGCCGGCGCUCCUUUGGCAAGAGAGUCCGUGGUGUCCAAGGACGUCGACGUUAGUGCCGCAGGGGCACCUAUGUGGGGCACAGACCCGGACGCCGAGUCGCAGGCAGGCAGCAACGCGCAGAGUGUGCGGUUCCAGGAAGGUACCGGUAUGUACCGACGGGAAGGCGUGUAACCAGGCGCCGGAUUCCCUAGCACCUGCUGCUAAUAGUCUGGCGCGUGCUGAACCUGUACUGCGGCUUAAGAGAGAGUCGUAAAUGAUUUUACAUUGAAUGUCGUCCCAAAAUUGAUUUGAUUGUAUUUUAUUACAUACAAUCAAAGUAAUAUAAAAUGAUAAUUCAAGUUUACUUACAUUCUUGAACAAAGUAUGCACUUCAUCUUAAUUCCAUAGUAUUCGCUAGGACGAGGGUACUGAUUUUUGUCGUCAGCCUUUCGCAUCCAGGGACUAAAUUGAUAGUAAUUUAAUUUCGCAGUGACGUUUUCCAGACGGAUUGAAGUCCCCUCCAUAUGCCUGCAGUGUUUCCAUUGAUCUAUCGCCUUAUCUGCUAUAGCACUUUUUAUAAACUGUUCCGGAAAUACUUUCCAUUUUUUCGGAAUAUAACACGUGUACUGGUUGGCCAUUCUUUAUGAGACGCAGAAAUCCAAUUGACACUACAAAAUCCGAUUAUAAAGUGACGUCCGGUAUUGGCAGCAGGUAUAUUUAUAAAGGUAACACGGGAUUAAAUAUAAUAUGCAUAAAUUAUAGAUUCGAUGAGUGUAUUCCGUUAGACACUUAGACGUCUGUGGGUCUAACACAAUCAUGUAUUCACUGUAAUAUCAAUAACGUUGAAUGUUGUAUUGCCUUUUUGAUCUCUAACGUGUCAACUGUGAAUCUCAUUAUUCUAAUUAAGUUUCAACUCCAGUGGCCAUAAUUAUUCGAUUUUACGACUUAAUAGUCGUAAAUGUUUGAUUUUAUAGACUUCAAUGAAAUAUUAACUGCUUUUACAUUUGUUUAGAGUAUUGAGUGAAAGUUUCUUAGGCGCUCUAAGUACUAUUUUUCAAAAAAAAAACAAUAAUCUAGGACUAUGCUUGGCCUAAAAGUCCAGAUGCUUCAAAAAACAAACCAGUUUUUGUAUUAGCUUUAUGGCUCUAAGUUUUACGACUUUUUAAUAAAUGCAAAUGGAUACGGCCAAUUUAAUGCUACAUACAAAUGGAGACAUUAUUGAUUUGAGAGACCCGAGUAGUAACGCGUAUGACGUUAAGUCAAAUAAAGUGAGUAAUUGAUGGCCAUAAACCUGUCAAAUCGAGACGUGGAGGAUCCAUAUAUAUUGUUUUGGCUAACAUACCAAUAUAGAAAUUGUAUAAUAAUUUUCUAAUGGUUAAGACAACGAGCAUGAUUGUACUUAGAUUGUAGGCAUCUUGACUUUACUUAUGUUCAUGUACAAUAUUAUUUAAUAUAUUGACAUUUAUUUUAAUGCUGGGAGCAGAAAUUUCUCUUGAAUUAGCACCGAUUCGGAAUGUAAACAAACAAGAUAGAUGAUCCACAUUCCACAGAUUACACGCGAUUUUGGAAUUAUUCGAACACAGUGUUGCUAACCCGCGAUUUUUCAAAUUUGCCGCGUUUUUCUACUGACAAGAUUUGCUUGACCAACUAUAUUAUAAAAAUUCAUAUAAAAUCACAGGCAACUGUUUCUUAUCUGCUAAUAGAAGUAAUGGGCUUUAGUUUUCAAUUGCAAGGGCAGCACAUUCCCGAAUUAGGUCACUCAGCGUCUCUUCACUCUAGGCAGGGACUACAGAGUGCCAAAGCAACUGUGCCCGCGCCAAUGCAUCUAUGGCAUAGACGCUUAGCGCAUCUGCAUCGCGACGGUAUGUACGUUCUGGGUGGAGGAGAUCAGUAUGUUGGUGUUGUGUUUCAGAGUAAACACGAUUUGCCAAUCAGCUGCGUGCCAUGCCUUGCUGAGAAGAUGUUUGUCACAACUGUUCUUAGGCAAGGAAGUGGACGUGCUGCUAAACCACUGGAGCUGAUCCACAGUGACGUGUGCGGUCCGAUGCAAAUCAGCACUUGGAAUGGAGCCCGCUUUUUGCAGACAUUCACUGAUGACUGUACCAGGAAAAGCUUCGGUUAUCUCAUGAAGAAUAAGUCAGAAAUGCGGAAGUAACGCCAACUGCGCAGUCUCGGCUCUCUGAUCAGUACCUGUCGCUUGAUGAAGAUGGUGAUGAGGGUGAAGUGAACCUGCACUCAGACACUCCAUCCUCGCUGCCAGACCCAUCACUUCGAGGAGGAGAGUCGAUUUCACCGGUUGCUGCCAAUGCGUCGACAUCUCGCCCCGUUCGUAGUACGAGAGGUAAUUUCCCAGAGAGAUUUAAUGAUUUUGAACUGUUGUCGGUAUAUGUCACUGAUUGUUAUCAAGAUGAAUCACAAACAUACUCCGAGGCUAUCAGUUCCCCUGAAAAACAUGAGUGGCUAACAGCUAUGAGAAUCGAACUUGAUUCAAUGGUAAGAAAUAAUGUAUGGGAACUGGUAGACCGGCCUAUGAAUCAUAAUAUUGUUAAAAAUAAGUGGGUUUUUAAAAGAAAAUUAGAUUCUGCAGGUAAUAUUGUUAGAUACAAAGCUCGUUUAGUUGCCUGUCAAUAGAAGGGUAAAGAUUUCUACUCAGACUUUUGUUUAGCAUUUCAAAUCAGCUGGCGCUACAUAUGGAUCAUAUAGACCAGGGGUGGCCAACAGGUCGAUCGCGGUCGAUCGCGACUGUUAGUCCAGUCGAUCGUGGCAAGGCAAAAAAUAUAAAUACGUAGACCAGUUUCAUUUAAGGUUUCAUGAAGUAUGCAAUUGGUAGAUCGCACAAGGUUUCGUUAGUAAACAGGAGAUCUUGGGUCUAAUCAAGUUAGACGUUACAACCGCGUUGAACGGUAAUCUUGAUGAAACAAUCUAUAUGGAGCAACCGGCUGGAUUUAAAACUGACAAAAAUAGUAAUAACGUAGGUAUGUUUAUUGAGAAAAAGCAUAUACGGCUUGAAGCAAGCAAGUCGUAUGUGGAAUGUAAAAAUUCAUAAAGUGUUAAAUGAAAAUGGCUAAAAAGUAAAUGUGAGCCUUGUGUUUAUGUUAAGAAAACCAAAGAGGAAUAUAUUAUCUUAAGGUGGCGACUGACUUGUAACAUUUCGGUGUAAUGUAACGUGUUACAACCCGAGCAUUACAACAGUCAGUGCAGCGAGCCGAGCCGCUCGACGCGAGCACCGCGUGCUCCACUCAGCUGUCGGUUUUUACGCGAAUCCCUUUGAGUGUUACAUUACAAGUCAGUACAGGUUCGCAAGUCGCCGCGAGUGCACUUCUUCCGUGAUUGUGCUUUUGGAACAGGAUUUUAAUAAAUAUGGAAUGGGAUAAAGAGAAAGUUCUAUUAUUUAUUGACAAAUACAGAGAUAAAGAAAUACUGUGGGACCCCACGCACGGAGAUCACUUCAAUAAGUUAAAAAAAAACGAUGCGUGGGUAGAAUUAUCCGAGGAUAUGAAUAUAACGGUUGAAGAGGCCAAGAAAAAAAUUACCAGUUUACUUGCCUCACUAAGAAGAGAGAAGGCUAAAAUAAAGAACAGCACUGGAACGGGCAAAGGUGCCGACGAAAUCUAUACUAGUACAUGGUUUGCAUUUAAACCAUUACUAUUUGUGUUGGACCGAAAUAAACCACGAAAUACAAAUGAUACGUUAAACCCCGAUGAAGAAAGCGAGCAACGUGGUGCGACCGUGGAUACAGUUUUGGACAACGGGUCACAUACCGAGCGACCGAUUCAUGUCGCUAAAAAAAAGAAAAAAGCAGUCAUGGAUCCCGAGGAAAUAAUGGCUUCUACAUAUGACAUUUUAAAAAAGACGUCAAGCGAGAAAAGUUCGAAAAGUUUGGACGAGUGUGACAGCUACGGAGCUUUCAUUGCAAACAAAUUGAGAUCGUACUCUAACCAGACCAGAAACUACGUACAACACCAUAUUUCAAAUAUUUUAUUCAAUGCUGAUCGGGGACAAUAUGAACCCAACUAUGGUUACGGUUAUUCGACUCGUCAAGGCUAUUUUUCUACACCUGGACCAAUUCAAACUCAUUCUACAAGAACAACAACUUCGCAGCAAUACAAUUAUUCCACACCUUCACCUCAAAUGUCGGAUUGCAGUCAAGAUAGUGCUGGAUUACAACGCCCAGAUACUCACACCCUCACUUCAGCCCGCAAUUAUUCGUCACCUUCACCUCAAAUGUCGGAGUGCAGUCAAGAUACUGCUGGAUUACAACGUCCAGAUACUCACACCCUCACUUCAUCCCAACGCAAUUAUUCCUCACCUUCACCUCAAAUACCGGAGAACAGUGAAGAAACUGCCAGGUUCUUGCGAGAAUUUGGCGACUUGAUUGAUUAGAUAUAUAGAAUGUGUAAGUCUUGGUUUCCUAUUUUCAAAUUACAUUUUUAAAUAAAAAAUAACUAAAGCACAUGUUGGUUUGCUUACCUUUAUACAAUUCUUCAAUACUUUCACUAUUGCUUCACUGACUUCCUUUACUAUGAAGCCUAUUCUCUGUCUAGAAAUUUUAAAAAGAUAUUGCAAGCUUGUAAAAGAAUCUCCAGAAGCGUAAAAACGUAGUGUAACUGCUAGCCUAUCUGUAACAGAUAUAGCUUUUCUCAAUCUUGUAUCUUGCUUGCCCACUAACGGUCCAAUUAAAUUAAUGAGUCGGUCGAAAUCGGUAGACGACAUCCUAAUAAAGUUUCUGUAUUGUCCAGUAAACUCUUGGUUUCGAAGAAUAUUCAUUAUAUUCGUAUCAUAGUUCCUUCUUUGGUACAAAUUAGAUAUCCAAUAUCGUUUCGUUUUUUUCUUCUUGUAUUUUAGAUAGCAAUAACUUAGUACAAUAAGUGAAGCACACGCGACCUCCAUAUCCGACAUUUUGAAACAGAAUGGAGCACAAACGAACAGAGCGCUCAGGGCGAGCGUUCGCCGCGUAGCUGUAAUGUAACUGUAAUGUAACACGAUCGCCGCGAACGAUACAUUACACCGAAAUGUUACUAGUCAGUCGCCACCUUUAGCAUUAUAUGUGGAUGAUUUUUAUGUGUUUCAUAAAAAUCAAUGUAUUGAUAAAUUGCUUUCACUUUUAAAGAACAAUUUUGAGAUUCGACAUAAAUGACAACUGUAACUGUGAUAAAGGAAAAUAGAAAAAUUGUCUUGGCAUGAAAGUAACUGUAACAAACAAUAUCACUGUAUUAGAUCAGUCAGACUACAUAAGGCGCAUUUUAGCUACUUAAAUUUAAAAUGAGUAAUUCUGAACCUGUAUCUACUCCAUUGCCAGUAAACUGCAGGCUAGAUUUAUCUGAUAAGCCAUGUUUAGAAGAUGAGACAUUUUAAUACAGACAUCUUUUGGUGUCACUUAUGUUAUGUACCUACUAAUCAGUGUACACCUACUCUGAUGUCUUACCUAACUUCCUUACCUAAAUUGUUUUCGAAAUCCGAUGGAUGAUUUUUUUUCUUACUCCUCAUAAAACACCAUUCAAUCUUUCCCUAACGCACCCUAUAUUAAUCUUUUAAUAAGGGGGACCUCUAGAUGGGCAAUACUAUUGCGGAAAUGUGAUUACUGAUUAUUUUAUUACGGAUUGUGUUAUUUCUUUUUUUUUAAUAAAACAAAUACUUAUUUUUAAAAUAUUUAUUGUAUUUUCAUUUAAUAACAAACGAAUUUCUGGAAUCAAACGGAACUAUGCUCGAAAAUUCGAAUAAUUUGUCACAUUAUUUGCCGUCUUUUAAUGAGCGGUACAUUGGAAAGUUAACGACCCACAAACAAACCAAAUGAUAUAUUUGCUUCUUUAAGGUUAUCUACGGAUUUCAAAAAUUCGCUCUGAGUACCUACAGAUAUACAGCGUACAGCUUUUUCUUCCGUAAUUUCAUUUUCACCGUUUUUUCAAUUGUAUGUCUAUAUUUGUGUUUUCUUCAUUCUCGUUAGAUAAAUCACUUGAUUUAUGUUGAGAAUAUUCAUGGAACUCCCAAUCUUGAGUAUAUUGUGUAUUAAAAAGAUCAAUUGAAUUUUCGGCACCACCUGAAACAGUCAUAAUAAUAUUAUCAUGAUUAAGAUUAAUACACAGUACAACCCAGUACUGUAUUCGUAUAAUAAAUUUACCACACCACAUUUAUUUCAAAAACUAGUUACGUACGUUUCAUUAGCUCAAUGCAAUUUCGUUUCGUUUCGUUCGAUGAGAACCGAUUUAAUAUUUAAAAUUUCAAAUACGAAGAACUGUGAAUAAUGUGAUGAUGAUGAUGAUGAUGAUGACGUGUGUCAAAUCAAGCAUGUAUAUGAACUAUUUAAAAUUGUAAAUACGGAGAACUGUAAAUAUGUACAAAUUGAUUAUGUAUAUAAAAUCAACUUGUAAGUACGCCUGUAAAUGUAAAAACGCUUGCAGUCAGUCCUAAGCCUGAACAAAGUACGAAGGGAAGUUGAUUAUAUUAUUUAUUUCAAAACUAGUACGUAACGUUUCAUUCGCUCAAUGUAAUUUCGUUUCGUUUCGUUCGACGGCAUAUCCCUGUAUGCCGUCGAACGAAACGAAACGAAAUUCAGUUAUUUUCGAAAGUGUUUUUGAAAACAGUUACGCGAUUUAAAAAACGGUUGUUUCGUUUCACGGAAAACUCGAAACGACCCAGCUCUAUUGAAAACGUGUCUGCACCUAGGGAAGCGUAGAGGUAGUUCAUUAUCAAAGCCCAUCUCAUCAUCAUUUUUAACAAGUGUUGCCAUUGUUGUCUUUCAUUAACUUCAUUAGCAAUUUACAUCCAUUUUUUGACAGAUAAUCAAGCCUUUUCAAAAUGAUUAGAGUGACUGUCCGUAUAUUAAGAUUUAUAAAUAAAUGUAAAGGAAAAUCAGUUUCAUCAAACCUAAUUUCUGUAAAAGAGUCUAGAGACGCUCUAACCUUAAUAAUAAAAGGUGUGCAAAUUCACUAUUUUCAUAACGAGUUUCUGUGUAUUGAGAAGGAUAAAACUAUAACCUCCAAUUUAAAAUCACUUAACCCUUUCAUUGAGUCGGUACUACCGGCUACCCGAUACUAGAGGCAUUGAUACAUAAAAACUACCCUCAGGGAUGAAGUUUUACUAGAUGGGUUGAAAACAGGGUGGUGGGCAAGAAGAUAUACUACUUCACCUUCUAAGUUAUACUCAGAAAUGUCGACAUACUUUGCAUGGCCCAACCGCACAUACUCAUCAAUGAAAGCUUUAAAUUUUAUUAUCUUUUUUAAAACGCAAUUCCAAAUUUAAGAAUCGUUUUAAAGCACAUGACAGUGCAUCACCCAAAUACAGAUCAUUAAUAUUCUGCUUGAGUGGCAAUGCCACCUAUUUAUUAUCCAAGUCUACAGUCUCCUGAAAUAUUGUUUCAGCUAACUCUUGUUCAGAGCUGAUCUCUGUAUAUGUUUCUGGAACUUACUCAGUUAACCAAAAUUGGGAUACAAGAUUAUCUAAUUUACCUAUGUCAUUAUUCUGUGUCAGCUGUUGACAGCAAAAAUUUGAAGCUAAGUUAGUUGCCGCGGCUGCAUUGGAGCAACCGGCCAGGCCAGCUACAAUAAACCCGAAGCGUGUAUUUUGCAAGACCAGCUUGCUAGGCAAGGCAGGCAGCUGCUCCGGUAAAAGUACCUGGAAUAAUACGUGGGAUGCUAAUAAUAUAUCGAUCCUUGAAGAAAUAUCAAAACUAUCAUCGGUUAAUUGGAUAUAAGGCGGUAUGUUUAUUCCUGAGAGAGAACUGUGGUAUAUUAGCCGUUAUAUUUUUAACAACAUUGCAUGUCACUGUGACACUAUAAUCCGUUACCAUGGAAUGAACCUUCAAUGAGGUUUGCCUGGCUUUAAAGCUGGGAGCUUCGCACACCCCUGAGAGUACCGAAUCAUCAGGGUAUAAUUCACAUCCUAAGAUCUCUGCUACAUCAGAGCGCAAAAAGGUAAUCUGGCUACCUGUGUCUAGAAGACAAGUAACAAUCAUAAGUUGUCCGUGCUUAUCAUAUAUUCUUGCCUUUAUAGAAGGUAAAACGUCAUUACCUCUCCUACUUAAUAAUAAACUAAUAUACCUAGAAAUAGGGUUUUCGGUUGUUUCCAUUUGCGACACAGUCGCACACUGUCGAGCAAUUUCCUCAUGCAAUGCUUAUGCUUGCCCUUGCAAAUAACACACUUAAAAGAGUAGAUGCAUUUUUGACCAACAUGUUCAUUUAAACAAAUGCUACAUAAUUUGUUAGACACAAUAAAUUGUUUUCUCUUAUGAGGCUCCAUUAAUUUUAAAGUUGAACACUAAUGCAGCUUGUGAACAGGAGACUGUCUACUUACAUUUAUUACUUGAUGUUGAACUUAAACUAGAGCAUCGCCCAGUAGGCGUGCGCUCUCCCAGUGACUCCAAGGCAGCAGCUCGUUGCUCUCACCACUAGACCCCUUCAAAUUUAUAGGUGGCAGCCUGAAUGGCGACGCGUUACAGCCCGUUCACACAGAGUCUCCGUAUUUACGGUACCCGUUUUAACGGAUACAACAAAACUGUAUGCUUUGUUCACACAUAGGCACCGUAUAGCGUUUAACGUAUCCGUCAUUAACUGAGAGCCCGUUUACAGCCCGUUCACACAGUCUCCGUAUUUACGGUACAAAAUUCGCAGUAUAGCACCGCUAGUCUACCAGGAUGGACGUUGUCGUUAUGUAUUGGUACUACCGCCGGCGGAGACGGUACAAUCGGCGUUAUUGGCAGCAUCCACUCUUGGUGCAAAGAGCUAGAGCAGGUGCUUACCGUUUACUCAUGAGUCAAUUGCGGGGAGACGACUCAAAUUUUUUUAAUUACUUUCGUAUGUCGAUGUCUUCUUUUGAUCAUCUACUUAAACUACUGGAAAAGGAUUUAAAAAAGCAAGACACUAAUUGGAGGAAAAGUAUCUGCCCUGAAGAAAAAUUAGCAAUAUUUUUAAGAUAUGCAGCAUCCGGAUGUUCUUUUAAAGAUCUACAUUAUACCUAUCGUGUUGGUGUAUCGACCGUUAGCAACAUUAUAAAAGAGGUUUCAAGAUGCAUAUGGAAUAAUUUGAGUGCUUUAUAUAUGCGACUUCCUACAUCAGUCGAUGAGUGGAAACAAAUAGCAGAUGGAUUUGACAAAAGAGCAAAUUUUCCACACUGUCUUGGUGCAGCAGAUGGCAAACACGUCAGACUUAAAAAACCACAAAAUAGCGGUUCAAUGUAUAUGAAUUACAAGGAUUUUUUUUUCCAUCGUAUUAUUAGCGAUCGUAGACUCUGACUAUCGCUUUGUAUACGUUAGUGUUGGAUCUUAUGGGAAAGAAUGUGAUUCAUCAAUAUUCAAGGAGACAACAUUUUGGAAAAUGAUGCUAGACGGCAGUUUACAAAUACCAGCACCAUGCUCAUUAUCAACAAACUCAGAGUUGAGAGUUCCAUAUGUGAUCAUAGGAGAUGAAGGUUUCGGAUUACAUGAAAAUUUACUUAGGCCGUUCGGCGGGACGCACCUGGAUAAAAAUAAGCGAAUAUUUAACUAUCGCUUAACUAGAGCUAGGAGAUACGUUGAGUGUGUUUUCGGUAUCUUGGCUAAUAAGUGGAGAAUAUUCCAUCGACCUUUAGACACUCAUAAAACAACAGCUGUAUGGAUCGUUAAGGCAUGUACUGUUCUACACAACUUUAUCAGGGAUGAGGAGGGUUUAAUCUCAAACAGUGAUAAUAUCAGCGUAUCUGAAGAAGUUCAACUCGAAAACCUACCUAAUGAGAGAAGGACACGAGGUGGUAAUGCUGCCAAUUCAGUUCGAACAGAAUUUAUGAACUAUUUUUUGUCUGAAGCUGGAUCGGUUUCAUGGCAGGAAGAAUCUAUCUAGAAUAUACCUCAAUUCAAAUAUAAAAACGAAAACUUACCGAACUCUUGUCUUUGUUUUUGUUCCAUAACUUCAAAAUUUUGGUUUAAAAUUACGCAUAUUUCACGCCAACCAGCAGUACUAGCAGUCUUGUCUUUGUAUUUAUCCAGCGUCUUGUCCCAAAGAACUGGUCUCUCUUCUACUAAACUAAUUAACAAUUCCUUGUCUAUUAAGUUAGCCCACUCCUUCAUUGACAUGGUCGGUCGCAACAAUAGCACGCGUUCUUAAUAAAUGCAAAAUUGACAAUGCGUGCAUGUUCAAACUUGUUUGUCUCUGCACCGCUCCCCCCGCCCCGCACCCCACACACAGUUUAUAUCCAGUAAAAACGUACGCAUACAUGACGGAUACGUAUUCCGUUCAUCCAGUAUUCGAUAACAAAACGGAAUGUCAUAAUUUAACGGACCGAUAUUUUUUACUGUAUACUGAAUACUGUGUCAUAUGUGAAGUCGCUCAUACAACUCCAUACGCCACCAAUGAAAAAAACGUAUACGAUAAAACGGAACAGUAAAACGGAAACCCUGUGUGAACGGGCUCUUACAACCCCCGGGGGACGUGAAGGAUCGCUGCGGGCGAUGCGACUACCAUGAUCUGUAGCGAUGCUACGUAUUUGCCUAGGAUAAAUACAUGUUUUUCCAUACAAGAUAACCGGUACAACAUGACUGUCGCAUUUCCAACAAAAUAACAUACACCAGAGUAUGACACUUAUGUAAAACUAUAAUGUACCUUCUCAGCUGUAGGUUGAUUAGCAUAUCCUGCUUCCUGGUUAACUGGUUUCGAAGAAACAAGUCUAAAGAGUAUGCCACUUGAACGGAACUUGUCACCCGGAUUGCGCGGAGGUUGUUGAACCAAACCUGGCUUCAUGCAUAUCAAAAUGAUCCUCCUGGUUUACCCUAACUGCUCAAAUAGGUCACAUCCUAAUUUAAUUAGUAUUUUAGAAUCAUUUUCGGAAUUUUUAUGAAACAUAAAUAGAGAUUAUGAAAGUGUCAAAAGGUUGAAAUUUUUGACAGGAGAACUGUCAGAGAGUAGACUAUGCGUUUAGUUACCGCAUCGGAAAGAAGGUAUUCUGAAUGAAACAAGGUAGAAAACGUAUGAUAAAAAUAUAAUUAUUAGUAAUUAUUAUUAACCACUUAAAAUAUUACAAGUAUUAAUGAGCAUUGAUAUUUUUUCGAGAGUCAUAUGAUUUGGAAAAGGUUUAAGUUGGUUUGACGUUUGAUGCGUCGAUAUGGAUCGAAACGGAGGGCGGGGGAUUUUUCUAGAAUCGACGAUGGAUGUGUCAGUUGGUACUGGGGCACGCUAGCAGUUAUACAGCUCCCAAUUGAAUAUCGAAAUAAACCGCCUCGCCCCCUUCCGCCGCCUGCCCUGGCCGGUGGAGGAUUGGGAUAUAUGUAAAGUGCGCCGUGUGUGUGUGUGUUGUGCGCGAAAAGGGCGUAGCCCACUGAGUGCUUUCCGUGCCGCCGGCGUGCGCAAGCAUGGCCGACGGUCGUGUUGCUCCGAGCGCCGUUGCGCGCUCCCUGAUGUGCUGAGCGUCUUGGGGACGCUGGUUUUCACCGCAGGGCGCAGUCUUCAAGGCCUGUGGACUGCGUGCCGCCCGGCGAUCCCGAGGUGCUUCACACAAGCCUCCCCCUUCACUUGCGUGGCCUGUCGACUCCGAGGCGCGUCACGUUGGCGCCACCAUCAAGCCGUAGGGCACGGCCCUGACCCGCGAGCCGUGUGUCGGACAGCCGAGCCGCGGUCCGACGACCCCAAGGUCUCAUCGCGCGGGUCCUUCUUGUGGAACUCCUGAGCGCCGCGGGUUGUUCUCGCCCGGACUUGCCAAAGCCGGAGCUUGAGGAACGCCUGUCGCCCACCGUCAGCGAUCCGCCUGCUGCGUUAAACACCAGCGGGCCUGUGGAUGAUAGCUACGUUCGGUACCCGUGAGUGCGCUAGACUUUUAUCCCAGGUUUUGGCCAAAACCCCGCGUCUCGUCCUUCUCGCGAUCGUAGAUUAAGCUUUACUAUAGUGUCACCCCACAACCGCCGACAGUUUAGGGAAACUGAUUGUAUUCUGAGCAGCGCCCGCCCUAAAGCGGAGUGCAUUGUAGUAGUUAGCGAAUUGUAUUAAAUUGCAUGUCAUAUA